UCCCUACUGAAGAGAGGUGAAUGCUACGUGUGGGUGUGGUGAUUUACUAUUGGGGGUGCAAUAUUGUAAUGAUGUGGAAAUGAAGAAUGUGGUUCUUAGGAAUAUAAGCAUAAGAGGAGAAUAGUAGAGGUUGGUAUUUUUUUCUCGAGAGAGGGAGACGGGGACCGUGUGCGUGUAAAGAGGAGAGAGGUCAUGAAGCCGAUGAGCUUGGAGGAGAAUACAGGGAAACUUCAAGCUAGUGAAGAUGAAGUAAACGGUGAUCACUCCCAGAAAAUCUCAAGCUCUAGAUUUUCAUCACUUUUGGCCACCAAAGAUCGUGAUUAUCUUCUCUCUCAAGAUGGGACUCAGGUGAAAGUUUCUGAUCUUGAAGGCAAAGUUCUGGGCCUCUACUUCUCUGCAAACUGGUACGUCCCAUGUCGAAGCUUCACUACCCAAGUCUUAGUUGGUGCAUAUGAGCAUUUGAAGAGCAAAGGGUCUAAUUUUGAAAUUGUCUUUAUUUCAUCCGACGAGGACUUGGAUGCCUUCAACAAUUAUCGUGCCAACAUGCCAUGGCUUUCCAUUCCAUUUUCGGAUUUGGAGACCAAAAGAGCCUUAAAUAGUAAAUUUGAAAUCGAAGCAAUUCCUUUUCUAGUCAUCUUGCAACCUGAGGAUAACAAAUAUGAGGCAACAAUACAUGAUGGCGUCGAGCUUCUUAACCGUUUUGGGGUCCAAGCUUUCCCAUUUACCAAAGAGAGGUUGGAGGAAUUGGAAAUGGAAGAGAAGGAGAAGCGUGAGAGCCAGACCCUAAUUAAUUUACUGACGAACCACGAUAGAGACUAUCUUUUGGGUCACCCCGCAGCUAAACAGUAUGAUGAUGGGGUGACUUCAUCAGUUAAAAGGAAUGCCUUUCGGCAUUGGGCUGGAUGCUUGGAGGUGCCUGUUGCCUCGUUGGUAGGCAAAACACUCGGACUAUAUUUUUCAGCUCAAUGGUGUCUUCCAGGAGUGAAGUUCACUCCCAAGCUAAUAUCCAUCUACCAAAAGAUUAAGCAAAUGGUGGUACAUAAAGGCAAUGAAGAUGACUUUGAGAUUGUGUUUGUGUCAAGUGAUCGCGAUCAAGCCGCGUUCGACUCCUACUUCAAUAGCAUGCCAUGGCUAACAUUGCCUUUCGGAGAUCCUGCCAACAAAAUCCUUGCUAAGCACUUUGAUGUGAAAGGUAUUCCUUGCUUGGUAAUUUUGGGCCCAGAUGGUAAAACUGUUACUAAACAUGGUAGAAACCUAAUCAACUUGUACAAAGAAAAUGCGUACCCUUUCACUGAGGCCCAAGUGGAUUUACUAGAGAAACAAAUAGAUGAGGAGGCUAAAAGCCUGCCAAAAUCGAAGUACCAUGCAGGGCAUCGACAUGAACUCGGUUUGGUUUCAGAAGGAACUGGAGGAGGACCGUUUAUAUGCUGUGAUUGUGAUGAACAAGGUUCAGGAUGGGCUUACCUGUGCCUUGAAUGCGGAUAUGAGGUGCACACCAAGUGUGUCAGAGCUGUGGACCGUGGCUCCAUGGUUGACAGCUGAUCAAAUCAGUGUGCUGAUAUUUCUCAGAAUUAUGUUUGCGUGUUCACUUGUGCAUGCUGUCGAGUUGAAUUCUAAGAUUUCGUAUGUCAGUCUCUUACAACUAUGUAUAUAUAUACAUAGAUAGGUUCUCUCAUUAGGACAGCCUUUUAUAUUUGUUACAUGGGAUUUAAUGUGUGGAUUUUAUUUUAGCUGAAGCUAUAUAUGAAAUCUAUUCCAAUGUUGUUACCCCA